CUGGGCAAAGGCGUGUCCCUGACUCAUGCAUAUAACAGCCUGGCGAGCUGCGAUAGGCUUCUGCUCCCCAGUCCUCCGCUCUCUGUGCACCAGCACACUCAAGCUCCGCACGAUGGCCGAGUUCUCCCCUGAACAAAUGGUGUUCAACAAGCCAAAGGUUGAGCUACAUGUGCACCUCGAUGGCGCCAUCAGGGUGCAGACUAUUCUUGACGUGGCCAAGAGACGUGGCAUCCCUAUGCCAGCAAACACUGUGGAAGAGAUGACACAGAUUAUUAUUCUUGAAAAGCCUUCCACCCUCACCGAGUGUCUGGACAAGUUUGCCGAGUACAUGCAUGUGAUUGCUGGAGACAGAGAGGCCAUAAAGAGGAUAGCUUAUGAGUUGGUUGAGGACAAAGCCAAGGAGGGGGUGAUUUAUGUUGAGACCAGAUACAGCCCACAUUUCCUGGCUAACACUAAAGUGGAUCCCAUACCAUGGAACCAGAAAGAAGGUGACCUGAGCCCAGACGAGGUGGUGCACCUGGUUAACGAGGGCCUCAGAGAGGGCGAGAGGGCCUUCAAUAUCAAAGCCAGGUCCAUUCUAUGCUGCAUGCGCCACAAGCCAAACUGGUCCAUGGAUGUCGUGGAUCUGUGUGAGAAAUACCGCCAUGAGGGAGUGGUCGCCGUCGAUCUGGCAGGCGAUGAGUCCCUCAGCUGUGAAACCUGUCCAGGACACAGGAGUGCGUUUGAGGAAGCAGCGCGCCGUGGGAUCCACAGGACAGUCCACGCGGGAGAGGUGGGGCCGCCGUCUGUGGUGAAGGAGGCAGUAGAAGUGCUGAAGGCCGAACGGAUUGGACAUGGUUACAACACCCUGAAAGACCAAGCCCUGUACAAGAAACUGCUGGCUCAGAAUAUGCACUUUGAGACUUGUCCUGUUUCCAGUAAGCUGACGGGCGCCUGCAACGCAGACUUCACCAAGCAUCCUGUCAUCACGUUGAUGAAGGACAAGGCUAACUACUCGCUGAAUACAGAUGACCCCCUGAUCUUCAACUCAAACAUACACCUCGACUACAACAUUGCGCACAAAUACAUGGGGUUCACUGAGGAGGAAUUCAAACGACUGAACAUCAAUGCUGCACGGUCAUGCUUCCUGCCUGAGAACGAGAAGAAGGAGCUCCUCCACAGACUGUAUGAGGCCUACGGGAUGAUUCAGAACGCUUCCUUUUAAACCUGGCAAGGAAGCCCGAGGAUGAAACUAACGGAGGGACAAACCGCUCUGAACGUCCCCGCCUGACACAGGCAGAAUGUCUUUUUCCUCAUUUGUAAUGAGAAAUAAAGUCCAUAGAAUAAUAUGUCACAUAUAUCUCAAAUAGCUGUUGCCUUUACAGUAUUCCAUCUACACACUCGAGAUACCUUCAGUGCUUUAGUUUACACUGCAGGUCCAGAGGAUGUCAUGGUGCUCUGCAAGGUGCAAGAACUGUAGCUGAGUGUUUGGUCUCUAUGAAGCAGAAAGUCUGGAUGACAUCCUGUGUUUACAUUCCAUCAUCAUAAAGAGAAUCAGGGAAGCUUUUGAUGCACAGUAACCCAUUUACCUUUAACACCUUGUCAGCCUGUUAGGGAAGGAUACAGGGUAUUUGUUGUUCAUUUGUGUCAUUGCUCAAAAGCGAUGGUGUCCUGUAUAUCUUCUGGGUGAGAGCAUGUGGUGAAGGAGAAGUGAAAGGUGUGUAGGCUGAGAACUGAGCUGCCUUCGGGAUAAAAUAUGGUUUACUGUGAAUAUCAGUUGUUUGAGGGAAUCCAGUGUUAGAAACAUGAGUGCUUUUCACACACACACACACACACACACA